AUCUAUGUGUUCUUAUGCAAAUCAUCAUGUCCACAGAAACAACAAGAGCAAAAGGGCAUAAAGGAAAUUGUGGUGCUGGACCCCAAAAGAUCUAACGUCAUUAAUAUUGGUAUGACUAAGCUACCACCACCACGCACAAUCAAGACAGCGAUUUUGAAAAUGGACUCCUCAAUCAUCAAUCGUGAAGGCAUUGAGAAACUCCUUACAACCAUGUUACCAACACCAGAAGAAAAGCAGAAGAUUCAGGAGGCUGCAAUAUGCAAUCCAGAGUUACCUUUAGGUUCAGCUGAACAGUUCCUUAUGAUGCUGUCAUCUAUAUCAGAGCUCCCAGCUAGAUUAAAGCUUUGGAUUUUCAAAUUAGAUUAUGAUAAUAUAGAGAAGGAAGUGGCUGAACCUCUGAUGGAUGUAAAGCAAGGCACAGAGGCUCUUAUGAAGAACCACACUUUCAAAACAAUUUUAGCUGUCCUCAGAGCCAUUGGUAACUUCCUGAAUGGCACAGAAUGCAGAGGCUUCCACAUUGAUUACCUGUCUAAAGUUCCUGAGGUUAAGGAUACUGUCCACAAACAUUCUCUCUUGCACCAUCUGUGUCACAUGGUUAUUGAGAAAUAUCCAGACACAUCUGAUCUCUAUUCAGAGAUUGGUUCUAUAACCCGUGCUUCUAAAGUUGACUUUGAAGAACUAGCAAAGAAUAUUGUCAAAAUGGAAAUAGAGUGCAAAUCGUCAUGGGACCAUCUAAAAGCCAUAGCUAAGCAUGAUGGGCCAACGCAAAUAAAGCUGAAAAUGUCAGAGUUCUUGGCUGACUGUGCAGAGAGAAUUAUUGUUUUGGGCAUUAUCUAUCGUCGUGUGAUGACCAGGUUCCAGCGGUUCCUCCUGUGGCUUGGUUUCCCACAACAUGUAUCUCAGGAAAUUAAAGUGCAGGAAGUGUGCUCAACCAUUAGUGAAUUCGCCCUUGAGUAUAGAACCUGCAGAGAACGGGUGAUACAACAGAUACAGAAGAAGGCAAACCACCGAGAGAGGAAUAAGACUCGUGGCAAGAUGAUUAUGGAGGAGAUAGAGCACCGAGGCUCCCUUAAGCCCUGUCUCAAGAGUCGCUCGAUGGAAAAGUUCAAGAGACCCAAACAGACAAAGGAGGAGAAGGCAGACUCAGACCUCAGGCAGCUUCUUAACUACUCUGAUGUAUCUGACACUGAAACUAUCCGUGGAAAGAGCACGUGGAGAAGGACUAGAGAAGGUAAAGCACGUAGUCGAGGUGAAGAGGCAAUGGCAGAGAUGAUGGGAGAAGGUGACGAUGCCCUGCUUGAUUCUUUAGUGAAGACAGCUACACAAGGUCCCUCAUCUAGAACUACACCUCGGGAACGCAAGCGGUCUCGACAUGCUGACCGCAAGUCAUUGCGGCGCACCCUGAAAAAUGGACUUACAGAAGAGGAAAAACGUCUCCUUGCAAUGAUUGCCGCACAGACCCGUUGAAGCCCCAGCAAACAAGUCUUUCCAUACCAAUCAUCACCCACUCCUGCUAUUCUCAUUCUCUGGGACUUUCAUGAUAUAACAAGGGCUCGUUCUAGAGUCUUACAUAGUAUUAGCAGAUGUUUAUGUUUAUUCUUUAGGCUGACAUCAUAAAUAUAUAGUGUUAUGUUGGUGAUAUGAUCUAGUCAGUCAGGAGUAGUGAAAAACAUCUCCAGGGUCGUCGUUCUGAUAGCUGCAUCAUGGUCAUUUUCAACAAGUAUAUUUUAGCUUCAAACAAAUGAUCCAUGCAUACCAAUGUCCAUAUUUCACUAGCCUGUUUUUCAAAAUGCAAUUCUCAAUUGCCUAACUCCUAAUAAUGUAGGAACCUCAGACUGCUGCACGUAUAAAGAUUCUUGUAGGGUGAUUAAGGGAGUCCCUGCAAAAUUUACAAACUUCCUUUGUCUUUUCAUAUUUCCAGCAGCUUUUUCUUUUCUUUUCAAGAUACUGUUUAGGUUGCAAAUGAAUUUUUAAUAUCCUAUGUAUGGCAAGUAUUUUUUCAUAUUUAGGAGUUUUAGAAGAUAAUUUAAUCUGCUGUGAUGUCCUGUUGAAAAUAUUGGCUAAUGCCUUCUUUGUAAAUAGUCCUGCAUCAAGUUGUAAAGAGUGCUGUUGCCCUGUGCAGGCUUGUGCCAUGAGAUGUGUAUGCUUCUUGAAGUAUGUAAGGGAACAUCCCCCAAAAUUUCAGUUCAGUGGACAUCACGCCUUGUAAAGACACUGUCCCCUCAUGAACAUGUCUCUUUUUAUCAUUCUUUCAAGAGGAUCUGGUUCUUUAAUUGUAAUAUUUUUGGUGAUUCACCUAAGGUCACAAACACAUCUUCAUGCUGGUCAUAGAUGACUAACAAAUUGGAAUAUUUUGGACAUGGUCUUUGCAAUUCCUAAAUAUACACAAGCUUUACUCAAAAAUAAAACAAAAUUAGACUGCAUUAUCAUGCCCAGUUUUCAAUUUGUAAGUUUUAAUGUGUCCUAUUUGUAGCGCCCACACAUAUCCCAACUGCAUAGAUGCUUAAACUGCAUACAUGUUUAAAGAGACUGUUAUUUCAGUAUACAUUUUCUCUGUCUUACAGGAAUACUCAUUUGGUAUCCUGUGUAGAUUAGCUUCAAAUAUUUUCCAGUUAUGACCUGAAGGGCAGAGAAGCAAUUAAUACUCAUUGUUUGUAGAAAUAUUGUCCUACUGUAGAUGAGGCAUAUGUGGGUUGUUGCAUGGGGGUUCGCCUUUACUGGAUGAUUAUUGAUUUAAGAUGCAUUAUUAUAAUGCAGUAAGUCAGGUUUAAAUAUAUUAUGACAUUUUAAUGUUACUUUUGAGAUUUUGAUACUCAAAAUAGUGCUUCAUGAAAUUUAAAUAAAAAAAAAGGCUG